AUGGGGAGUUGUAUGUCUGCCAAUAAUCACAAGGAGUCCAUCCCAUCUUCACCCCCUCCCUAUAGCGCGGACGAGAAGGCGCCGGUAGCCAAGAAAUACCCCGCAGACCACCCCCACCGAUAUCAGCCGUACAUGGAUGAGAACGGUCAAUGGCAGUACCCAAGGAGCGGGAGAUCGGCUGCCGCAGCAGGGGGGACAGCUGGACUGGGAGUGGGAGGAGCGUUACUCGCCAUGGGAGGCAUGGGAGGCGGGGGAUUUGCUGGCGGCAGUUACGCCGGAGGAGGAUAUAGCGGGGGAGGGGGUUGUGACGGCGGCGGGGGAGGUGGCGGCGGUGGAGGCUGCUGA